GGGCAAGCGCUGUGGGAGGGAACGCCAGAGCGAGGCGGUGAUCAGAGCGAGUGCUUCGCGGCUAGGUUGCUGCGCUUCAGGUGUGCCUGGUAGCGGCGGCUGGACUGCAAGAGAAGGAGCGAGCGCAGUCUCCGAGUUUUGUGAGCGCGGUCACCAUGGACCGCCCGGAUGAGGGUCCUCCGGCCAAGACCUGCCGCCUGAGCAGUGCAGAGCCUCUUCAAGGCUACCAGCCACCGCCGCCGCUGCCGCCGCCACCACCGCCGCUCCUGCGAUUGCCCCUGCCUCCACCCCAGCAGCGCCCGAGGCUCCGAGAGGAAACCGAGGCGGCUCAGGUGCUGGCUGACAUGAGGGGGGUGGGGCUGGGCCCAGCGCUGCCCCCACCGCCGCCCUAUGUCAUUCUCGAGGAGGGAGGGAUCCGCGCAUACUUCACCCUGGGUGCUGGGGGGUCUGACUGGGAUCCUAUGAUCGAGUCGGGGUACGGGGAGGUGCCCCCUCCUACAGGGAUCCUGGAAACACUCCCCUUGUCCGAGGCCUCUGGGGGAAGUCUGGAAAUUGAUGUUCAGAUUGCAGAGUCCAGCAACCCUACUGAAGAGAAGGCCCUAGAAACCUGUAGCUCAGGGGUAUGGGAGCCCCAGACGUUAGUGGGUCCAAAGAGGAAUGAAGAGGCUGUCAUAAUAGUGGAAGAUGAGGAUGAGGAUGAAAAGGAAAGUGUGAGGAGGAAGCGGAGGAGGAGGAGGAAGCAAAGGAAGGUGAAGAAAGAAGGCAGAGACAGGAAUGCUGAGAGGAUGGAAAGCAUUUUGAAGGCACUGGAGAGCAUUCAAAUGGACCUGGAAGCCGUGAACAUCAAGGCAGGCAAGGCCUUCCUUCGUCUCAAACGCAAGUUCAUCCAGAUGCGAAGACCUUUCCUGGAGCGCAGAGACCUCAUCAUCCAGCACAUCCCAGGCUUCUGGGUCAAAGCAUUCCUCAACCACCCCACAAUUUCAAUUUUAAUCAACCAACGUGAUGAAGACAUUUUCCGCUACUUGACCAAUCUUCAGGUACAGGAUCUCAGACAUAUCUCCAUGGGCUACAAAAUGAAGCUCUACUUCCAGACAAACCCUUACUUUACAAACAUGGUAAUCGUCAAGGAGUUCCAACGCAACCACUUGGGCCGGCUAGUGUCUCACUCCACUCCAAUCCACUGGCACCGGGGCCAGGAACCUCAGGCCCAUAGUCGAAAGAACCAGGACACCAACUACAGCUUCUUUAGCUGGUUCUCAAACCACAGUCUCCCAGAGGCUGACAGGAUUGCUGAGAUUAUCAAGAAUGACUUGUGGGUUAACCCUCUACGCUACUACAUGAGAGAAGGGGGCAUCAGGGCCCCCAGAAAGAAGCAAGAAGAAAGUAAAGCCAAGGACGAAUAUGAGAUGGUGAUCAUGGAAGAUGCUUAUGACCAUUGUGCCAUGGAAGAUAUUCUCAGCGAGAUCUCAGACAUUGAUGAGAUUACUGACAAUGAGACCAUUCAUAACAUCAAGAUCUCUGAUUUCAUGGAGACUACUGACUACUUUGAGACCACUGAUAAUGAGACAACUGAUAUCAAUGAAAGCCUGUGUAAUGGUGAGAGCCCUGGCCACAAUGAGAACGCUGGUGACAACAGUCAGAACCUAGAAGACGGUAAUAAAAAUCCCUGUGACAGUGAGCAUUCCAACAAUGAGAAUCUUGAUGGUGACAUUAGCCUGGAAGAUGGUAAUAACCAGAACAGCAGUGAGAGUGACAGUGGAGAUGAGGGCAGUGAUGAUGAAGAUAAUGAUGGCAAUGAAGGUGACAAUGAGGGCAGUGAUGAUGAUGGUAAUGAGGGUGACAACGAGGGAAGCGAUGAUGAUGACAGAGACAUUGACUACUACAAGAACGACAUUCUAGUCUUUGACAAAAAUCAAGAUAACAGCACCAAUCAGGAAAACUAUGAGGAUGAGGUAGAGAUCAUCUCUGAAGAAUCAAUGGAGGAAGAGGAAGAGGGCAGUGAGGAAGGCAGUGAACUGGGCGAGGACAGCUACCAGGAGGAAGGAAGCUCAGAGGAGGAAGGAAGCAGAGCAGACACAGAAGACACUGACAUGGAGCAGGCGUUUCCGGUUCCAAACGCUUGGUCCAACCUGGGAAAGAGGGGGCACACCGGAUAAACAUCUUAGUCUUGGAGCUUCUCUCUGUACCCUACUUCCCCAGUGCCCCGUUUGCCCUCCGCCUCAGUUAGGGUCCCCGCACUGCACUUCUGAGGGGAGGAGGUUAACUGACUUGGUACACGGGUUUAAAGUUUAUUUUUAUGGAUUAGUAAUUGCAGAGUUCUUACUUUGCCGGGGGAGAUAGCCCCUGUUUUUGGUCCUCCUCCCCCACUGGCUUCUGUGUGCUGCUACUUAUUGUGAUGCCUUGGUCAGGGCCCCUCUAGCUUCCUUCUCUUUGGUGUUGGUCCUAGCCCUUUCCCCCAUGCUGCCUAGAGUGGAGACCCUGAUCCCCAAGUGGGGAGGGCUGCUAUGGCCUUUGUCGCAGCCUCGCAGUGGCCUUGAAGGCUCUGCCUCCAUCCUCUUCACCCAAGUUUUUCUCUUCCAUCCAUCUCUUUUACCCACCGUGCCUGCUAACCUGCCAGGCCUUGGUGUCUACGCAAGGCCGCUUAGCCUUUGCUGUAUUCCUGCCCUGCAGAAGUUACACCUUUCCCUGUGAAGUGAUGACCCUAAUAAAACUCUGAGAAAAUUCAAA